CCUGCCAGGGCCGCGGGGCGCACUUCCUCGCGUCGCCGGUAGAGGGCGCAGGCCGCGGAGCCGCGCGCAGAGCCGGGAAGCCGGGAGGAGCGGGUGCGGCCCCACUCGCCCCAGCCGCCGCCAUGAGAGCCGUGGUGCAGCGCGUCACCCGGGCCAGCGUCACAGUUGGAGAAGAGCAGAUAAGUGCCAUUGGACGGGGCAUCUGUGUGUUGCUGGGCAUUUCUCUGGAAGAUACACAGAAGGAACUGGAGCACAUGGUCCGAAAGAUUUUAAACUUACGUGUGUUUGAGGAUGAGAGUGGAAAGAACUGGUCGAAGAGUGUGAUGGACAAACAGUAUGAGGUGCUGUGUGUCAGCCAGUUCACCCUUCAGUGUGUCCUCAAGGGCAACAAGCCCGACUUCCACCUGGCAAUGCCCACGGAGCAGGCAGAGAGCUUCUAUAACAGCUUCUUGGAGCAGCUGCGCAAGACGUACCGGCCGGAGCUCAUCAAAGAUGGCAAGUUUGGUGCCUACAUGCAAGUCCACAUUCAGAACGAUGGGCCUGUGACCAUAGAACUGGAAUCUCCAGCUCCUGGCGCUGCUACCUCCGACCCAAAGCAGCUGUCAAAGCUGGAAAAACAACAGCAGAGGAAAGAAAAGACCAGAGCCAAAGGGCCUUCUGAAUCAAGCAAAGAACGAAACGCUCCUCGCAAAGAAGACCGCAGUGCCAGCAGUGGGGCCGAGGGAGACGUGUCCUCUGAGCGGGAACCAUAGGCUGCCGGAUGGAGCUCAGUGCGUUAUCAUUGGCAGAACUGGAUCCUGAAAAAUUCAUGAAAGAUGCUAAGCACCUACACUGCUUUAAGAAUCUGGAACUGAAUUGUGAAAAGGAAGACAGAAGUAAGAAAUUGGGAACCUGAAGAGCCCUGCAGAAGAAACACACACCAAAGGAACAUUACUGCUUUCUGUUGUUGCUGUGGUCCAAGGGAGGAGAUGCGUGCUGCCAGGCAGGGAUAGUGCCCGGCAGACACCUGCACCUC